ACUAUUUGCAAAAAUGAAUAACGACAUAAAACUUUACUCUUUAACAAAUUUUCGCAACGAAAUCGAUAGUGGGGAUAUUAUGCGGAAUGCUCUUAUUAAAAUAGCAAAUGAAAUACAAAAGUAUAGAUUGGAGUCUGAGGCAGGGAAGCAUCCUAUAUAUAAAAAUACCGAUUAUUUUCUGAAAAAGAACAGUAAGACAACAAUAGUUGAUAUGAAAAAUAGACAGCUGAAAAAACUUAAAGAGCACAUUAAGACCGUAUGCAAUGUUGCAAAAUUAGUACUGUCAGUAAAAAACAAAGAAACGGAACAUCUCAUGAAUAAAAUGAAGAACAUUAGAGAUGAAUCAUCGGACUUAUCAAAGAGUAACGCCGAAAAUCUAAGUUUGAUACAACAAUUGCGAAUGGAAAAUUACAAUAUGAAUAACGAUGUGCAAUUUAUUACUAACUUUAUCCAUAUGGCUUAUCAAAAACUACAGAAAAUGCGUAAUGAAAUACCUAAAGAUAUGCCGUUUAUUGAGGAACUCAAGACUAUCCUGCUCGCUUGUGGACAAUACUAUGUAGACUAUGGCAACGCGCGCGAUCAAUGCGCUCGACUUAAACAACACAAUAGAUUUCUGAAAAGUAAACUAAAGAUCGUAGAGAACAACUUAGCAGCUACUACGGAGGAAUUGCGCAAUCUUAGAAAUAUAAACAUGAAACUCAAAAUUAAAUGUGAAAUGCAACAUAAAAACGGAAAAGAAUUCUCGAAAAAACUCGCAAAUCCGAGCGUUAGUGAAAGAGGUGGGAACAAAAGUGAUUACAAUGGAUAUAAUGCGGGUAUACCGAAAGCUAUUGAAACGUUCUAUGAUCUGAGUGUUGAAUGUAACCAAAAUUUCAAUAUAUCGAAAAAAAGUUUAACGUCUCAUUUAGAAACUGUUAAUAAUCUCCUUCUAGAUCAGGAUAAUAUGUUAAAAGAAUUAAAGGAAUUGUAUUUAGAUGUUCGCCAAAGUUGUAACUUUAAAUAAACUUAUUAAAAGCAG